CCGCCGCCGAUUUUCUGGACCUGCUGGAGGAGGGGAUGCACUGGGAGUGCUCGCCCCCCGACCCGAAAGCCCAGGGCCGGGCCUCGCACCCCGCGCCCCACGCGGCUCUGCUGGAGCAGCAGCUGUGGCGCGUGGAGCUGUUGCAGGGCGGCCUGACCGCCCGGCUGUUAUCUGGCCGGGACCUUGGCCUGGCGCCCUCCGGGCCGCAGCACGUUCACCGCGUCAGCAGUUUCAGCGCCGUGUCCUAUUUGCUGAGCCCCUCUUAUCUGGACUGCCUUUCCCCGCUGGAGCGUAGCUGUCAGAACUUCCUCGCCCGUGGCGAGCUCGUGGACUUGCAGCCGGUAACCGGCCCGGGGAGCAGCUGUCCCCCGGAGGACUGUUCUCCUCCCCGGCCACUGAAGGCCGAGGUCGCCUGCUCCUCCUGGCAGGGAUGCCCGCCUCGCUCGAGGGAAGGCCUGCCCGAGAUUCACCACGUUCGCAUGAAACGGCUGGAAUUCCUUCAGCAGCCUAGCAAGGGGCAGGCGUUACCCACCCCUGACCAAGAUCAUGGCUACCAUAGCCUGGAGGAGGAACACAGCCUCCUCCGGAUGGACCCGAAGCCCUGCGGAGGCGUUGCUCCUGCCGGAGCCAGUCCCGGAACCGCCCAGGAGGAGCCCACGGGAGAAAGACAAGAGUUGACCAAACAGGCUCCUCUUGCUGGGGAAAGGCAGGACCCAGUGGAAAGCUGUCUGUCUGGCGAGGCCCCUACGGAAAGAGAGCCCGAGGAGGACCGCCUAAGUGUAGCUGACUUCUCAGACAUAGACGAUGACGUUCCCGUGUCUGCCAGGCCGGCCUGUACCAACCGGUUGAUAGAUUACAUUUUGGGAGGUGCGGCCAGCGACCUGGAAGCAAGUUCGGACUCAGAAGGUAACCUUCCUUGAAGAAGUUACUGAGCAUU